GUCAACUUGGAAAAUGUGAAAAUGUCAUUGAGCCGGCUGUCAUUAAUAAGGGAGACGAUAUUUAGUUCAAAGUCUCAAUUGGUGAAAUAUAUUGCCACUAAAGCUAAUACCAAAAUGUCUGCAGUCAUGACAGGGUAUGGUAAUGCAAAGCUGAUAACUGGAAAUGGAAUUCCAACAGAAGCUACUGUGAUCGACUUUCGUAGUGAUACUGUAACUAAACCAAAUAAUGAAAUGAGGACUGCAAUGAUGAAUGCUGAUGUUGGUGAUGAUGUCUAUGGAGAAGAUCCUACUGUCAAUGAAUUGCAGAAAUUAGGAGCACAGCUUAUGGGCAAAGAAGCUGCCUUAUUUGUUCCAUCAGGUACAAUGUCCAAUUUAAUUGCUCUCUUGACCCACUGUAAAUUAAGAGGUAGUGAAGCAAUUGUUGGUGAUGAAAGCCACAUACUGCACUAUGAACAAACAGGGGCAGCACAGUUUGGAGGAAUUAACCUUCGGUCAGUGAAAACUUUUGCUGAUGGCACUUUAGACCUGGAAGAAGCCAAGAAAAAAAUUCGCAACAGCAAAGAUGCACAUCAAUCCCACUCAGUUUUGCUCUGUGUUGAAAAUACUCACAAUCGUUGUGGUGGCAGGAUUGUUCCGCAGAAGUGGAUUGUUAAGGCAGGCCAACUGGCUAGAGAAAACAACAUGAAAUUUCAUUUGGAUGGUGCACGAAUUUUUAAUGCAGCUGUUGCUUUAGACGUUUCAGUGUCCGAACUGGUAGAGCCUUUUGAUUCGGUAUCGGUGUGUCUCAGUAAAGGAUUAGGAGCUCCAGUUGGUUCUCUACUAAUUGGAACGAAACAUUUCAUUGAAGAGGCUCAUCGUUGUCGAAAAGCACUUGGAGGAGGAAUGCGGCAGGCGGGUAUUUUGGCCGCAGCCGGAAUUUUGUCACUUACAAAGGGACCUACCAGGUUAGCUCAAGAUCAUAUUUUCACCAAACAAUUGGCUGUUACUGCGCAAGAGGUUGGAAAAGGCGUUGUGGAAGUUGAUCUAGAUACCGUAGAGACGAAUAUGGUUAUGCUAAAAGUCGAGCCCAUAUCAGGUGCUACCCCUAAUUCAAUUGUGAAAAGAUUUGCUGAAUCUACUGAAAAGGAAGUUCACGCGAUCGGUCAAGAUAUUCGUUUACUUGCUUACCCGAUGACUGAAACGAACAUCAGAAUUGUUGUUCACUGCAGUAACACACCUGAAGACAUCAAACUCGCUCAAGACAAAUUAGGGUAUGUUUUUGAUGAAAUCAAACAAAGUAAAGCUGUAUAAGUAAACUGGAAGCUUCAUAAGUGCUUUAUUCCAUGUAACGAUCAUUACAAACGUAGUACUGUUGUAGAUUGGGGAAUUGGUGGAAGAGCUGUUCUUUUGUUUGUAUCAGCCGUUACUCGUCUUCUAUUCAUGUGUAAAAAAUAAAUACAUUAUUAUUUACCAUUU